CCAUUUGUCUUACUGAAGAAGGAUAUACCUGCCAGGCAAAUAGACAUUGUUAGAGUAGUAAACCCAAGUCCUUGUGAUGUGUCAGGUAAGGCUACACAUCCCACUCUGUCAGCAUACCUUGCAGAUGACCUUAAGAUGCACCGAACAAAAAAGCUGAGAGUCUGCACAUUCAGGGCACAAAUUGGGCUGGCCUGUUCAGAAAUUGUAGCUGUUUAAUAGUGGAGUUUGAGAUAGUGAAACUAACUUCCACAAGGAAAUACAAGCACUCUUCUUGAUAUUGUUUUCAUUUGGAGGGGAGGUUCCAACUACGCACAACCCUCUAAGGGGAAGGUUCACUUGAAUGACCAGCUAUAGCAGGUGAAAGUUGUUUGCCAGGGACACACACACCCUUCAUUUGUACUAGGACACACACACACCCCAACACAAACACGCACGGUGUUGAUUCCUGGGUCAUAAACUAACUUCAGGAACAAGAGAGAAAGGCAGAGAAGGAAGGAAAUCGAGCUGUCAGAUUAAGAAGUUAAGCUGGUAAGUAUACAUGAUCUUGAAUUCCAGCAUCGAGAAAUUGGUGCCGAUGGGAAUAAAGAAUGGGCAUUGGGUCCUCAACUGAUGUGAGAACCAUAUUAAAGUAGAUGUUUCUCUUGCUGCCUCAGCAGGUCAUGGAUUCUGAAAAAGGUGGGGACUCUGAAUCUUACAAGCGCUCAACACUUCUAGAUAUUAAUGGAGUCCCUUUUCCAAGUGAUAUGAUCAAUGGCUGGGGUGCCAUCUGGAACUUCAAGGCUCGGCCUGAUGACCUUCUUAUCUGCACUUACCCCAAAGCAGGAACCACCUGGAUACAGGAAAUUGUGGACAUGGUCCAGCAUGGAGGAGAUCUGCAGAAAUGUGCUCGGGCCCCCAUCCAUGAACGAAUGCCUUUCAUAGAGAUGUUCCUUCCUAAACUCAACAUCUCUGGUGUUGAAGAAGCCAAUGCAAUGGCCUCUCCACGCACCCUCAAGUCUCACCUCCCAGUCCAGCUCUUGCCUCCUUCUUUCUGGGAACAAAAGUCUAAGAUUAUUUAUGUGGCAAGGAAUGCCAAAGACAAUGUGGUCUCUUACUUCCAUUUCCACCGGAUGAACAAGACGAUGCCAGAGCCUGGAACCUGGGAAGAGUUUCUGGAGACUUUCAUAGCUGGGAAAGUUGCCCUCGGUUCGUGGUUUGACCACGUUCGUGGCUGGUGGGAGGCCAAGGACCGACAUCCGAUUCUCUAUCUCUUUUAUGAAGACAUGAAAGAGGAUCCAGGUCGGGAAAUCCGGAAAGUUGCUGAGUUCCUAGAUAUACAGCUCCCAGAAUCAGUUCUGAAUCAAAUUGUUCUGCACACAAAAUUUGAGCGCAUGAAAGUAAAUCCAAUGACUAAUUACACCACAAUGCCUUCCAGCUUGCUAGAUCAUAGCAUAUCCCCCUUCAUGAGAAAAGGCACUGUGGGAAACUGGAAGGAGCACUUCACGGUGGCUCAAAGUGAGCAGAUGGAUGACCUCUGUGCUCAGUUGUUGAAAGGCAGUGGCCCGACUUUCCGCACAGAGCUGUAGCAUAAUUACAUGCUUAAGACAAACACCUAAAAACCUAGAAUGCAUUUAAAUA